AUGGACACUACCGUACUUCAAGAGCGGACACCCACAGAUACCCAACCUCUGUUUAAGAAGCGCGGCGCAAAGAACAUCCGCAAACGCCCUGCAACACCACCUCCAGCAGCAUCUGACUCCGAAUCUGGCUACACCUCCACAGAGGAUGAGGGACGAAGGGUCAAGCGGCGCAAGAAGACCGCCAUCGUUACCGCAAGUUCAAACAACGCACCUAAGACAAGCACAGAAGACCUCUCCGCCACCAAAUUCGCCGCCGACCGUUCCGCCCAGAUAUCGGAAACGAACGAUGCGACAAAGACCUCGAAUUGGUUCGAUGAAUCUACACCUGAUGCGAAAUCUCUACUCGGCACAACUCGAAACGGGCACGUAAAACCAGACAGAGAGGCUGAGCCGACGAAUGAUGGAACCUACAAAGGCGCCGCCGGCUACCAAUCCUUCAUCCAAAAAAAUCCAAACGCUCCUACGCGCACCGUGGGGCCAGUAAAGGCUCCUACCAAUAUACGCACAAUUACGGUCACAGACUUCGCGCCAGAUGUGUGCAAGGACUACAAGCAGACCGGUUGGUGCGGCUUCGGGGACAGUUGCAAAUUCUUACACGCAAGAGAAGACUACAAGCAAGGCUGGGAGCUUGACAAGGACUGGGAGAAGGUCGGAGACAAGGGCAAAAAAGGUGGGAAAGCAGUGAAGAGCCUUGCAGAGGCAGAGGACUCGGAAGAAGAAGAUGCGGCGUUGGAGGGGAUACCGUUCGCGUGUAUCAUAUGCAAGAAGGCUUAUACGAAUCCGAUUGUUACGAAAUGUGGGCACUACUUCUGCGAAGCGUGCGCGCUGCAGAGGUAUAGGAAGAAUCCGAGUUGCGCGGCUUGUGGGGCUGGGACUGGUGGGGUUUUCAAUGGGGCGAAGAAUUUAAAGAAGAUUCUGGACAGAAAGCGGGAGAGAGCGAGGAAGAAAAGAGAAAAAGCAAAGGAGGCUGGCGAGGAAGUGUCAGAGGAAGAUGAAGAGGGCGGCGAGGAGAAUGGUUAA